CAGCAGCGCCGCCUGAGGCCCGCCGCGCUGUGGGCAGGCCGGCAGCCGCUGGGCGCAUGCGCGGAUGGCGGCCGGCGGGCAGGUCAUGUGAACAUUUAAGUUAUAGAUGAGAGAGGAAGCAGGAAUGUCAGCUCUUUGUCCACCACCAUCUCCUGCAGUUGCUAAGACAGAGAUCUCUUUGACUGGCGAGUCACCUUUGUUAGCUGCCACUUUUGCUUAUUGGGACAAUAUUCUUGGCCCACGAGUGCGGCAUAUUUGGGCUCCAAAGACAGAACAAGUGCUUCUCAGUGAUGGUGAAAUAACUUUUCUUGCCAACCACACCCUCAAUGGAGAAAUACUUCGGAAUGCAGAAAGCGGUGCAAUAGAUGUGAAGUUCUUCGUCUUGGCAGAAAAAAGAGUAAUAAUUGUGUCAUUAAUCUUUGAUGGAAACUGGAAUGGAGACAGAAGCACAUAUGGACUAUCAAUUAUACUUCCACAAAGCGAACUUAGCUUCUACCUGCCGCUUCACAGAGUGUGCGUGGAUAGGUUAACACAUAUUAUAAGGAAAGGAAGAAUAUGGAUGCAUAAGGAGAGGCAAGAACAUUUCCAGAAGAUUGUCUUAGAAGGCAUGGAGAGAAUGGAGGAUCAGGGCCAGAGCAUCAUUCCAAUGCUGACAGGAGAAGUUAUUCCUGUAAUGGAACUCCUUUCAUCUAUGAAAUCACACAGUGUUCCAGAAGAAAUAGAUAUAAGUGGCACAGUGCUAAAUGAUGACGACAUUGGAGAUAGUUGCCAUGAAGGCUUUCUUCUCAAUGCAAUUAGUUCACACCUGCAGACCUGUGGUUGUUCUGUAGUUGUAGGAAGCAGUGCAGAAAAAGUUAAUAAGAUUGUGAGGACGUUGUGUCUGUUUCUUACACCGUCAGAGCGGAAAUGUUCCAGACUCUGUAGAAAUGAGUCUUCUUUCAAAUACGAGUCAGGGCUUUUUGUUCAAGGCUUACUCAAAGAUGCAACAGGAAGCUUUGUGUUGCCCUUCCGUCAAGUAAUGUAUGCCCCAUAUCCUACUACACAUAUAGAUGUAGAUGUCAAUACAGUGAAGCAGAUGCCUCCUUGUCAUGAACACAUCUAUAACCAACGACGAUACAUGAGAUCUGAGCUGACAGCAUUUUGGAGAGCUAAUUCAGAUGAAGAAAUGUCUCAAGAUCAUAUUAUCCACACAGAUGAGAGUUUCACACCUGAUUUAAACGUCUUUCAAGAUAUCCUACAUCGAGAUACAUUAGUAAAAGCCUUCCUGGAUCAGAUCUUUCAUCUGAAGCCUGGCUUGUCUCUCAGGAGCACUUUUCUUGCACAGUUUCUGCUAGUCCUUCACAGAAAAGCCUUAACUUUAAUAAAAUACAUAGAAGAUGACACGCAAAAAGGGAAAAAACCUUUCAAGUCACUUCGCAGCUUGAAGGUUGAUCUGGACUUGACAGCCGAGGGCGAUCUAAACAUAGUGAUGGCCUUGGCUGAGAAGAUCAAGCCUGGGCUGCACUCCUUUAUCUUUGGCAGACCCUUCUACACUAGCGUACAAGAACGGGAUAUGCUCAUGACGUUUUAAAAUUCUCCACUCCUGACACCUAACAUUUCAGUCCAGCGUGUCCCGAGAAGAAACCUGUCCGUGUGACCACCGCGCUUGUGACAAUCAUUGACUCGAUUGAGGGCUGGAACGUUAGGAGCAUGGUAACGCUACUAUCUGUGCCAAGCAGGAGGCUUGUUAGACCUUAGCUAGACAAGCAUGAUUUUAAUGGAUCCAUCUCAUCUGUGUGCUUUUUUUAACUGUGAAAGUAAAUGUUACCAGAAGUUCCUUUGCCAUAUGGGCCUAGUAGGUGAGCAUAUGUAGGUGUAUGGUAAAGGGAAGCAUUUUAAUUUUCUUCAGAAAGUUCUUUCAGGUGUGUGUCAGUUUUCCUCUGUUCAGCUGUGUCAGUAUUUUUAGUGUUUCCACAGAAAACAGUACGUUUGUCCUCUCUAAACAUGGAGGUUGUGGAAUAGAGGCCUUCCAAAAGUUUCUAAGAGUUUUGAAAAGUGUUUGUUCUUAUGUAUGUGGUACAAAUAUAAAAUACACUGUUAUGGUUUAACCCUGUGGUGGCUUAGCCCUGGCUGGGUGCCAGGUGCAUACCAAAUAAUAAUAUCACUCCCCCUCCUAAACUGGACAUGGGAGAGAGAAAUAUAAUGAGAGGUUUGUCAGUUGAGAUAAGGACAGGGAGAUCACUCAGCAACAGGUAAAUCAUCACAGGUAAAACAAACAUCAACUUGGGGAGAAAAUAGUUUAAUUUAUUAAUGAACCAUCAGAACAUGGAGAAAUAAACCCAAACCUUAAAACAUCUUCCCCCACCCCUCCCUCUUCCCAGGACUCUCCUUCCUUCCCUCCCAGCAGCACAGGGGAUGGAGGAUGGGGGUUGUGGUCAGUUCAUUACAAUGGACUUUGCUGCUGCUUCUUGUCAGGGGCAGGCCUCAUCACACUUCCCACUGCUACAGUGUGGAGUCCCUCCCAGAGAAGAUAGUCCUCCAUGAACUUCUAUAGCAUGAGUCCUUCACAUGGGCUACAGCUCCUCACAAACUGCUCCAGCAUGGGGCCUCCCACAGGGACAGCUCCUCACACCCUGCCCCAACAUGGAUCAUCCACUGGGAGAACAGUCUUUCGGGUACCAAGUGCUCCAGCCUGAGUCCCUCACAGGAUCACAAGUCCUGACAGCAAAUCUACUCUGGUGUGGGCUCCUCUCUCCCCACAGACUCCCAGGUCCUGCCAGGAACUUGCUUCAGGGUGAGCUUCCCACGGAGUCACAGCCUCCUUUCAGGCAUCCACCCACUCCGGCGUGGGGUCCUCCAUGCAAUGUGAAUGGAUCUUUGCUCCCCAGUGGUCUCCAUGGACUGCAGGGGCACAGCUGCCUCACAAUGGGCUGCACCACAGGCCUAAGUACCGUCCUCCCCCUCCUUCUCCACUGACCUUGAUGUAUGCAGAGGUGUUUUCACAUUAUCACUCCCUGUUACUGCUGCAGUUCAGCAACUCCCAGCCACUUCUUCCCUUCCUUAAAUUCUUUAAUCACAGAACCAUUACCUAAGUCACUAAUUGGCCAGCCCUAGGUCAGCUUAGAAUUGAGUGGCAUUAGCUCUGUCAGAUACAGGGGAAGCUUCUGGCAGCUCUUUGUUUAAGGAAGCCACUCCUGUAGUUCCCUGCGCUACCAAAAACCUAGCCCAGGCAAAACCACUACACCCCAGCCAGCAACUGAGCCCCGCACAGCUGCUUGCUUGCUCCCCUCUGGUGGGAUGGGGGACAGAAUUGAAAGAGUAAAAGUGAGAAAACUUGUGGGUUGAGAUAAAGAUGAUUUAAUAGGCAAAGCAAAAGCCAUGCACACAAGCAAAACAAAACAAGGAAUGUAUUCCCCACUUCCCAUGAGCAGGCAGGUGUUCACCUAUCUCCAGGAAAGCAGGGCUCCAGCAUUUGUAACAGUGACUUGGGAAGGCAAACACCAGAACUCUGAAUGUCCUCUCUUCCUCUUUCUUCCCCCAGCAUCAUACACUGAGCAUGACAUCAUAUGGUCUGGGAUAUCUGUUUGGUCAGGUGGGGUCAGCUGUCUCAGCUGUGUCCCAUCCCAGCUUCUUGUGCAUCCCUAGCCCUCUUGCUGGUGGAGUGAGAGGCAGAAAAGGCAUUGACGCCGUGCAAGCACUGCUCAGCAGUAACAAAAAUAUCUCUGCAUUACAAACACUGUUGUCAGCACAAAUACGAAACUAUGAUGGAGAAAAUUAACCCAGCCCAACCAGUACAUAUGUCUUUCCACAUCUCCUUUUUUAACACUACUAGCUCCUUUACUUCAUAGAUGGUUUGGGUUCGAGACAACCUUAAAGAUCAUCCAGUUCCAGUCCCCCUGCCAUGGGCAAGGAUGUCUGCCACUAGACCAGGUUACUCAAAGCCCCAUCCAACCUGGCCUGAACACUUCCAAGAAAUGGGGCAGCCACAGCCUCUGGACAACCUGUUCCACUUCCUCACAACUCUCAAGAGUAAAGAACUUCUCCCUAAUAACUAACCUAAAUCUUGCCUUUUUCAGUUUGAAGCCAUUACCUUUGUUGUUAUCACUACAUGCCCUGUAAGUUCCUCUCCAUUUUUGCUGUAAACCCGUUUUGGUACUGGAAGGCUGCUAUAAGGUCUCUCCAAUUUAGAGCAUUUAAGGAUGUUUGGUAUUUUUGGUAUGCUACAAAGUGCUAUCUUUUUGUGCAAACUGUAGACAAUUAGCAGCCUAAAUAGCAGCUCUCUACAUGUGGGAACUGGGUCAUUUUUAAGCAGCUUUGUACAUGUAGUUGCCUACUGGGAUACUCUGACACAGAUUGAUGGGCCAUCCUGCAGUGAAGCAAUUCAGAUCUUUGACACCACAAAAAGGAAAACUUGUGUCAUUUAUCAGCAGUUACCUGUCUGUCCUUCUGUCUGUAAACUGCUGCUAGUUUUUCCAUUGUCAGAAAAAGGUUCAGAUUAAAGUUUUAGGACUUCCCAAGGGACACUAAGGAGACAACCAAACUAAAAGAUAAAGCAAUAGGGUUUUUUUAUGUUGCCAUCAUUCCAUUUCAUAAUCUUUAAUUAUGUCACUCCAGUCUUCAAAAAGGGCAGGAAGGGCGACCCAGGAAACUACAGGCUGGUCAGCCUCACCUCCAUCCCUGCAAAGGUGAUGGAACUGAUCCUGAAUGUUAUCACUGAACAUAUGAAGGAAAAGAUGAUUAUCAGGGAGUUAACAUGGAUUCACCAGGGGGAAAUUCUGUUUAACCAACCUGAUAUCCUUCUAUGAGUGCAUAACCAGCUGGCUAGAUGAGGGGAGGGCAUCAGACAUCACCUACCUUGACUUCAGCAAGGCUUUUGACAUUGUCUCCCAUUAUAGCCUCAUCAGAAAGCUCAAGCAGUGUGGCUUGGAUGAGUAGACAGUGAGGUGGAUUGAGAACUGGCUGAAUGGCAGAGCCCAGAGGGUGGUGAUCAAUGUUAUAGAGUUGAGUUGGAGGCCUGUGGCUAGUGGAGUUCCACAGGGAUGGGUUCUGGGGCCAGUCUUGUUCAACAUCUUCAUCAACGACCUGGAUGAGGGGACAGAGUGUACCCUCAGCAAGUUGGCUGCUGACACCAAACUGGGAGGACUGACUGAUUCCCCAGAAGGCUGUGCUGCCAUUCAGCGGGAUCUCGACCAGCUUGAGAAUUGUGCAGAGAGGAAGCUCCUGAGGUUCAACAAGGACAAAUGCAGAGUCCUGCAUCUGGGAAGGAACAACCCCAUGCACCAGGACAAGCUGGGGAUUGACCUGCUGAAGAGCAGCUCUGCAGAGAGAGACCUGGGAGUCCUGAUUGAUAAUAAGCUAAACACAAGCCAGCAAUGUGCUUUCGUGGCCAAGAAGGCCAAUGGCAUUCUGGGAUGCACCAAGAAGAGUGUGGCCAGCAGGUCAAGGGAGGUUCUUCCCCUCCCCUCUGCCUGGUGAGGCCUCAUCUGGAGUCCUGUGUCUAGUUCUGGGCUCCUCAGCUCAAGAGGGACAGAGAACUGGAGAGAGUCCAGCGCAGGGCCGCCAAGAUGAUCAGGGGAAUGGAACAUCUUCCUUCUGAGGAAAAGCUGCGGGAACUUGGGCUGUUUAGCCUAGAGAAGAGGACACUGAGGGGGGAUCUCAUUGAUAUUUACAAAUAUCUAAAUGGUGGGUGUCAGGAGGUUGAGGCAUCCCUUUUUUUCUAUUUUAUCUAGUGAUAGGACAAGGGGUAAUGGGAUGAAGCUGGAACACAAAAAGUUCCAUUUAAACAUAGAAAGAAACUAUUUCACUGUGAGGGUGAGGGAGCCCUGGCACAGGCUGCCCAGGGAGGGUGUGGAGUCUCCUUCCUUGGAGGUCUUCAAGACUCACCUGGACAUGUUCCUCUGCAACCUGAUUGAGGUGAACCUGCUUCUGCAGGGAGGUUGGACUAGAUGAUCUCUAAAGGUCCCUUCCAACCCCUACCAUUCUAUGAUUCUAUGAAUUCAGAGAUGAGCACAACUAUGAACUAGCGUGAUUAGCAUUUUACUCAGUGAAUUCUAGUUGUUAAUCUUGCCAGUCUUAAUUUGUCUUCACACAUCUCCAACUUUGCUUUGCUUGAAAAUGAAAACACCUCAACCCUCUUUCUCUGUAGCAUGUAAAGUGCUGUGGUGUUAGUUUGAUCCAGGCCCUUUUAUUUUUUUCAUUUUGACACAUGGCUGGUCUGUGUUACAUGGAAAUCAGUCUUACAUUUGUACUGCAUGUUGUUGUAUUUCUUCUGUUUUUGGAAAAACACAAGGAAUAUAUUUGUGUCGUUUCAGUGUAAUUUUAUAACUCAAUAUUCAUUGUGAAAGAGCUGCACAUGUGAUUGGAGAAGCCGUGGUUGCUCUAUUGCUUAAAUUGUUUAUAACACUCCUUAGAGAACAGGUUUAUAUUCUCAUGAUAGCUUUUUAGUGUCUCUUCCAUGCAGCAAGGCAUAAAAUUUAACAGAAGUUAGAUUUUCCUGAUAUACCUGACACUCAGAUUUUAAAAGGAAUACUGCCCUUUAUUUAGAUGUCCAGAAUUCGCUUACAUUUCCUGACAAAGAUUCACAAAUAUUUAGAGCUUCUGAAAGAUGUGUAAUUCAGCCCCAACUGCACACCAUUUUUGUGAAUUAACAUCAUCAGCAUUACCUGGUUGAGUAAGUAAUCACGUUUUCUGGAGCUGUUUUUCUGUAGGUAGGACUCUUGCAGUGAGUUCAGCAUUUCCUCAGAAGAACUUAGCAGAAUUAUGCUGACAUAAGUUACUUGUGCUAUGAUUCUGUUUGUUUUCCUACCCUUACUAUUUCCUUCUGCAUUUUUAAUCAAUUGGUGCAUUAGGAGAGAGCCUGAUUGUGCUUAGUUUUUACUCUCAUGUCUAAGAUUGUGAAAAAGUUACAGUAAAGACCGCUGAAACUUCUAAUGUAAAAAUCAUAUUGAAGCCUUAUGGGCUUUAAAUGUGCUGAUGAAGUUAAUCACCUCUUUGCACUGGAAACUUAACCUUGACACUACUAACAAGAAAGCUAGUGUUUGUUUACUGAAGAUGUCACUUUUUAAAUUAAUAAAGCUGGAAACUGUCUCAGUUGCUACUUUUGUUGUAGAACUGUCACAAAUGCACUGUCAGAAGUGCAGAAUGUAUGGUGAAGUAAGUUAUUAAAUGCAUCUGCAUGUUGUGUUGUAAAUCUCGCUCAGGAAAGAAAAUAUUCUAAUAAAAUCCAUGCACAGUUUUUGAUUUUAA